AAACCGACGGCAACGACAGCGCCGCAAAGCAACACACCAAACGCGGAAAAGAAAGGAAACAGUCGUCGCAGUAUCUCAACAUUUGCCAGCAAGACAUUCACAUUUUACCGUUUAACACAGACGAGGAAUAAGUUAACACCAUGUCAAGAAGGAGGGAACUUGUUAGAGGUGGCUCGUCUCUUCCCAGAAUCCGAGAGAACUCUAGACUUAUGAACACACACGAAUCCAUGAUAGAUUAUUUAAAUGGACGCCAUCAUGCAGACUCUUUCCUCCAUUUCUUUGCCUCUGGUUUAUUUGGAGGUUUAGAUUUUAGGUUAUUUGACCUCCAAGAUGACCUCGUAUAUACAGACGAUGAUGACGACGACGAUGAUGAUGAUGAUGAUGAUGAUCGUUUUUAUCCACGCAGUGCCACUCACAGGCCUUUAGAACCACAUCCACAAAUAAGACAGCUCACUGAUGAGGAGGCUGAAAAACAUACAAAAGCACUAAUAGCAGAAAAUGAGCGUCGUAAGGAGAAAACUGAGAGGAACAAGCGUAAAAAAAUGCGUAAAAAAGAAAAGAAACGGUUAGAAAAGGAGAACGCAGUUAAAGACAAUUUACCUGAGGAAGAACAAGGCAAGUCUGACUCCUCAGAAAAUCUGGAAGAAAAUCCUAUUAUUGAAAGUAAUGCAGAAGCAAACGAAUCUCCUGAAUGUGGUAAAACUCAAAAUGCAGCUGAGGCUGCAGGAUGUGAUGAAAGCAGCGGUGAUAGCAAAAAAGAAGAAAAUCUUGUGAUGAUGAAUAAGAAAGAAGAAGAGGAGGAGGAGGAGCAAAAGGAUUUGGAUUUCAAUAAUUCAUAUGCUUCUAAUGCUGAAUCGGUGCCUGAGAAGUCCUGUAGCCAGAAGCCUGCAAAAGAAAGAAAAAAGGCAAAAAGUAAAUUAGUGGAAGAUCAGCCGCUCGAGGAGGAGAAGCCGAAAGUUGUGGAAAAACCUGAAGUUCAAAAGGAAAAGGAAAAUAAACACGAACCACAUAAAGAGGAAACGGUGGAUCCAACUGCAGAGGAGUAUGCAAAAAGAAGCAGAGAGCUGGCUGCUACAGGAAAUCGUUUGGCGGCCUCUGGACAGUAUGAGAUGGCAGUGAAGUGCUUUACUGACGCCAUUAAAUUCAACCCAAAGGAAUUCAGGUUGUUUGGAAAUCGGUCCCUCUGUUACGAAAGAAUGCAGCAGUAUGAAAACGCGCUCAGGGAUGCUGAUCUAGCGCUCUCCAUGGAGCCAAACUGGAUAAAAGGUUUAUUUAGGAAAGGGAAAGCUCUGUGUGGGAUGAAGAAAUACUAUGAGGCCUCGCUGAUCUAUAGGGAGGUGCUGGAGCUCGAAGGUUCGAGCGCUGAAGCCAUGCAGGAGCUGAAACGAGCACAGACGCUGCACCUCAUGGAAAUGGGUUUCACCUGGGCACAGAGCACUGAGGCCUUGAAAACUCACGCCACAUUAGAGGAAGCAGUUGAGGCUCUGUUCUCUGGUGACAGUAACCAGGGUCCCGGAGACGCCGCCGCCAGUACGGACAAUACGGACCAGCUGGUGGUGCAGGAAGAAAAUGACGAUGAGGGAGAGUGGAUUGUGCUACAGACGAGCCGUCCCAGAAUGCAGCAGGUCAAAGAGUCUGAUGCUCUGGUGCAAAGCAGAUCGAAGUCUCAGUCGCCAACUCCUCGUUCAAGGAAUUCUGUGAAACCGGAGCUUUUCUCGAUUUGGGUUGGAUCCUUGGCUCCUUCUGUCACCUACGCAAUACUUCACGAGCUGUUCAGCAGAGUCGGGGCAGUCUACGGCAUCAAGAUGCUGCUGGAACAUCAAUGUGCCUUUGUGAACUACACAAGACAGGAAGACUGCGACAGAGCCAUCCAGUGUUUUAAUGGAAUGGUGGUAGAGGGGGCACCACUGUCUGUGCGAUAUCCCAGUAAAGGCCACCUUGGACACGCAGGCUCAUACAAGAAAGAGUGCUUUUUCUGGAGGACCACAGGCUGCACGAGGCAGGACUGCACGUACAAACAUGUCCCAGAGCACAAGAGCAUCGACAAGGACAAAUUCACCAGUAGACUGGGACAUUUUAACGUGUAGGGAAAUAAAAUAUGAUGAGAAAACUGCUGUGAUGGCCCACCAAUCCUGUAUGAGUACAAUGGACACACCAAACUUCAUUAUACUGCUGUAUACUGGUAAUAAUUCAUGUGCCUUUUAUAGAUACAUUUAAUGUUUGCAUCAAGCUAUGAGCAUUCCUUUGAAGUUUUGAUUGUUUGGGAUCUAAUCUGUUUAAAGAUUGUGCUAAAACAUUUUAUUUUUAUUUUUAUUUUUUUUUUAACUUUGUUGCAUGAUGUUUUAAAACAGAUUUUUCUGUUAACUUUCAGUCACCACUAGGUGGCAGCAUUACUUUUAUCCCAUAACUUUAGAGGCUGUGAUGGAUGAGUAGUUAUGAUACAGGCACAUUUAAUGGGCCGAGUUCACUUUUGAAUCUGUGCUUUGUAAUCAGAUUGCUGGGGCACUGGGUUCCUUUUGUGUGUGUGUGAGGUGGCUAAUGGUUCAGUUCAGUAGUCCUGUGCAUUAUGUGUAAAUUUUGAAAUGGUCAGCCUGUUGGAGGAUCUGUUUACGUGAUGUUUGGAUGCAAACUGUCAUACAGUAAGUGCCUUUUAGUAGCACUAUAGCUGUGGUUUUAUCAUGGGUCAGCCCAGAGGGAAUUAAAGCCUCAGCUCCGAGUGUGUUAACGUCGCACCCGUACACAUAAAGAUAUACAGUGCAAGACCAAAGACUUGGUGUAGGUGGAACAAUAUAGAUAGGCCUGGAUAUGACUCACUACAGAGAAUAAUAAAGUCUUGGUGCUGAAGCACGAUUCGUGAGCGGGAUUA